AGCCGAAUCAGGCGUCAUAUCCGGUUCGGGAAGCGCGAGCGUGUUGUAUUGAGGGUUCGGUGAGUAACGGAUGGUGAUUAAUGUCCAGGUCAGAUCUCACUCCUUCCCGCUUCUCUGUUCUGAAGCGGAGUGUGUGAUGGAGGAGCGGAGGAGCGGAGCAGCGGACGCGGAGAGAAGCAGCUGUAAGUGCGAUGCGUCGUUAAGUGCGUACAGGUGUCUGCUGAACGGCUGGUAAACGCCUCUCUUUCUCCUGGAGAUCGGAUUUUGUGUCCAUCGGUGAUGGUGAAUGUGAAAUGUUCUCAGCCACUGGCGAUGGUGAAUGUGAUAGAAAUCCUCUCUCUUUCUGUGGAAAGAGUAAACCUGACCGAAUCGAGAUGAAGAACCCAGUGAACGUGUUGCGCUUGCCCAGAGGUCCGGACCCCAACAGCCGCGGGUUUGACCCCACCACACCCCGAUACAUUGCCCUGUGUCCCUCCUCCAUCCCGGCGUCCACAGCGAGCGGUACUGACCUUAACAACAUGGAGGAAGAGCAAAGAUUACGCUCAGAACUGCGGGAACGGUUCCUCAGGACUCUUAUAGCCAUGACGGACAAACAGGUUCACUUCAGCAUGUAUGAAAAAGUCCAAGUGCAGGCAAAAUUCGGAGCCUCGGACAUCGACGUGAUGAACUUCCAGGUUUCUGAUCUGCAGACCCCUCUAGGCGUUCAGAAAGAGGCGUUACUCAGGUGUCAGGACGUGAUCUCGUACUCCUUUAACUUGUGAGUUUGUGAAUGUUAUAGAAUUCAAUUAAAGUGAAAUGUUUCUCA